AUGCCUGACGACGACGCGUACCGCAAGCAAGUCCAAGGAAAAGUCCAAGACCUGGUCUCGGAACGUCACGAGAAAAGUGGUGCCAAACUGGUCAUCGAAGCUGUGGUUGAGGGUGUGAAGUUGUAUCGCAGCUACAAAGAAGAGAAGGCAGCAGAAGAGAAGGGGAAGGGGAAAGAAGAGGGGAAGCACAGGAGACAUAGGAAGGGAGGCGUCAUCGAGCCUGCUCAGAACGAGGAUUCAGAGUAUCAUGUGACGGGUGGUGCUGGGCCAGCAGUGGUUAUCAAACUUCAUGGGAAGACCUGGCACCCGAACCUCGUCCCCGAUCGCGGUCCCAUGGACGCAAGGAAGCACACCGUACAGAACGUAAAAGAUCUCGUACACCCCAUCGAUCUCAUCAUCGAAAGUCUGGAGGGCACCGGAGCUCACAUCGGCGUGACCGUUCGCGUACCAAACAACCGGAUCAUCGUCCAGGUAGCAUAG